GCUGUUCAGUUCAGUUUCACGUUAAUUUGUUUAUAUCGCGUUAUAUAAAUUUCUCGGGUGCCUAGCGAUCGAAUCGCUAUGUUUUUGUAUCGAAAACACCCCUUAGUCUUGCAUCACAUUAUAUUUAGUUAGUGCUACGUGCUCUACGUACUAUCCCAGUGAUAUAAAAUGGAUACAUCUUUAAAAACGGACCUCGAAACGGUUGCAAAGGAGUCGAACAACAACGAGGAUACUACCGGUGAAGAUGCUGCUAAGCAGCGACCACCGCGCGAUGAGAAAUACUACCAGGAUGCUAAGCAGUACUGGUCCACUAUUUCGCCUACCGUAGACGGUAUGUUGGGUGGAUUUGCAAGUAUUUCCUUUGCCGACGUAAGAGCGUCGGAGCAGUUUCUGCGGAAUCUAUACAAACUAAAACCUGCCCCCGGUAAAUUGUGUGCACUGGACUGUGGUGCCGGUAUCGGACGCGUCAGCAAGAACCUUUUAAUGCCCAUGUUUGCUAAGGUGGACUUGGUCGAGCAAGAUGAACAAUUUUGUCGAAAAGCCGAAGACGACUUGGCUUCAAGCGCGAAGCUCGGGACAGUUUUUAACCUUGGGCUGCAGGACUUCACACCGGAGGAGGGCAAGUACGACAUCAUUUGGUCGCAGUGGGUGCUAGGGCAUUUGACGGAUGAUGAUAUAGUGGACUUUUUUGCCCGAUGCCAGCUUGGAUUGAAAAAGAACGGGCUGAUGGUUGUGAAGGAGAAUUUUACCGCUGGAUCGAUCGUCGAGCCGGAUCGACAGGAUUCGUCCGUAACGAGACCGCUGCCUUGGAUGAAGAAGCUUUUGCAGAAAGGAGGCUUCCGAAUAAUUAAGGAACAAAAGCAGAAAGAUUUUCCCAAGGGUUUGUAUCCGGUGUACAUGCUGGCUGUGAAGCCGAUGAUAAUAAACAGCUGAAAAUGUGCCGCUAAGAGGACCUUUUUAGAG